AUGAAACUUUAUUUUUAUUUGGUCAUCCUAGCUGGGACAGCUUUAUUCACUCACUCAUCUGUGCAGAAAGAGGAUUAUGCUCCUUAUAUAGUCUACCUCAAGUCUAACUUCAACCCCUGUGUGGGUGUCCUCAUCAAGGCCCAGUGGGUCCUGGCUCCAUCUCACUGCUAUUUACCAAAUCUGAGGGUGAUGUUGGGAAAUCUCAAGAGCAGAGUCAGAGAUGGGACAGAGCAGACAAUCCAUCCUAUUCAGAUUAUCCGCUACUGGAACUUCAGCCACACCGCCCCGCAGGAUGACCUCAUGCUCAUUAAACUAGCUACGCCCGCCGUCUUCAACCACAAAGUCCAGGUCAUUCCCCUUGCCACCGCCAAUGUCCGGCCAGGCACUGUCUGUUCACUUUCAGGUUUGGACUGGAGUCAAGAAAACACUGGCAGGCACCCUGACUUAAGGCAGACUCUGGAGGCUCCGGUGAUGACUGACAAAGACUGCCAGAAAACUGAACAAGGAAGCAGCCACAGAAACUCUUUAUGUAUCAAAUUCGUGAAAGUAUUCAGCCGAAUUUUUGGGGAGGUGGCCGUAGCUACUGCCAUUUGCAAAGGCAAGCUCCAAGGAAUUGAAGUUGGGCACUUCAUGGGAGGGGAUGUCGGCAUCUACACCAAUGUUUACACAUACAUACCAUGGAUUGAGAGAACCACUAAGGAAAAGAUGCACUGAUGCCCCGCUUUUCCCUCUGCGUCCCAUUGUCUCUGCCAUUGACUAAAGGAGGUCACA